AUGAACGAGAAACAAGUUAAAAAGCAAUUUUUCAUAUGCCUAUUGGCAACGGCAUGCCUGGCCGACAACUCCAAAGAGAAGCCCGAACUGAAUCCCGUUCUGAGUGCCCUCAUCAAUGAGGAUGUCAUGAAGAGCAUUGAGGCCAAGAGGGCUAUUGAAGAAGCCGAACUGGAGAUUGUCAAGUCCGAAAUAGGUGCCCAAGAGGCCAAAAUGAAGGCUGAAGCCGAGCAAAGUACCGAAGUGCCUCUGGCCGUUCUGAAAGCAAUGGCGCCCAGCAAGAAGGCUGCACUCGACACAGACGAUGAGAUCAAUCGAAUCGAAAUCAAAAAGGGUCCCAACGGUCAGGAGAAGGACAAGGGGGAGGAGGAGGCUGAAUCACGAGGCAAGUCACGCUACACCAACAUUGAACGUAGCACCGCCGCCACCCCCAGUGACAACAGCCUGGUGUCCGGCAAGGCCAAGGGUCGCUCAUCCAAUGUCGAGGAGAGCAUCGAGACCGAACGUCUGCCACACAACACCCGCUUCCCCAGCCGUGGCAAGGCUGCUGAUGUGGCCCCAACACCCGCCAUCGACUCAGUUGACUCUGCUGCCGAGAAGAAGAAAAUCAGCGUCAAACGUCCCAGCCUAGAAUUGGUGGACACUGAAACCUUCAACACGGACGAGAAACAAGCCAAGGACUCUCGCAACGCGGACGACACCAAGAUCGCCAUUGCCAUCGAACAGGAAAUGGCCGCAGCUCAAGCUACAAAGGAUGCUGAAGAAGCCGAGUCUGCCAAGACGAAAUCCGAAGAUGACGAGGCUAUGAUGGGCGACAACGAGGACAUCGAACAAACCACCCCCGCCAUGGAGAAGGCAGCAUUCGAUCUGUACGCCAUUUUGGCCAAUGAGAACAACAACAUGGAAAUGACCACAGACUCCGACAUGGACAUGCAUGUGACCACAACAAUGCCCGACACCACAGAUAUGUAAGGCGAAGAGAUGAUGACCACCAUGGCCGAAGAGGAGCCCAGCACGCAUAGGUGGUGCCCACCCCAAGACUGAUGCUCUCAAGCCAAAGGCAGCUCCUGCUCCACCACGCAAAGUCAAUCCAUUGCUUGCCAAGAAGCGUGUGCUAAGCACAACAACGACAGAAGCAACAGCUGAAGAUGAUGCUGCAUCGUCGGAAGAUGGCGACUCCAAUGAGGAACAUGCUGCUGCCGAUGCCAAUGAGGAGCAGAAAGAAGAGGCUCCCGCAGAACCAGAAACCACAACAAAACAGCAGCCACGCGGUCUGGGUCUCCUGGGCCAGAGAAGGCCCCUGCGAAAGCAUGGCACCCUAUUGUAAAUAAUCUCACGCUCACCCUGAGCACCCAAAACCACUACUAAAUGCUCAUGCCUGUCUUAAAUACUUUUACUCUUACUUUGUAUGUAUGUAUGUAUGUAUUUUUAUAUUAUUAAUUAUGCCUCCACCUCCGUCACGCCCAUCCCCUCCCUUGCCUCUAUUAAGCCACCACUCACGUCUCGAGUGUGCCAAUGAUCCAUGGUGAUGUCUGUGGCCAGUGCUCGAUUCUCCGCCUUUCCGAACUAAAUGUUUGAAUAUUUUAUUACGUUAAGUCGCUUAAAUUAGGUACGAAAUAUGAAUCCCUAAAUUGUCCUUUGUACGUUUUCGAUAUGCCACGUUAUGCGAGUGGGCGCGGACAAUCCGCGGUGCACUUGUCUUGUAAAAAGUUUGUUAUAAAAUUUAUUUUGAUUAAUAAAAAAUAAAAACUAAAAUACACAAAUUAAAA